AUGGCCAGCCCGAAGCAGUGCUGGCCCAAGUCGGCCCCGUGCCGCUCGCGGUCGCCGCCGGAGCAGCCGCUGCGGGUGAAGGUGGUGGGGCUCUUCAAAAGCUCCAGCUUUCAGGUGGCGAAGAGCGCUGCUGAGGCUCUGAAGACUAAUUAUCCAUCCAAAUUUGAAGAUCCUAUAAUAGUUCCUCUUCAAGAAUUUGCAUGGGAUCAAUAUCUACAGGAGAAAAAAAGGGAACUCAAGAAUGAAAUCUGGGAAUAUUCUUCAUAUGUGAUGUGUUUUGUUAACAAUCAGCUCCUGGGUGAUGCAUUUGAUCUUCAGAAAUGGGCUCAGAAGAUGUGGGAUAUAGUUGAUUUUAAGCCCCCUGAACUUUAUGAGGCACUUACUGUGGAUUAUGCUGCUAAAUUCUUAACAGACACCAAGCAUGCUUUUGUGUUCUUGGACAUUUCUAUUGAUUUUUAUCCAAUUGGAAGACUGGUUUUUGAGCUCUACUGUGAUGCAUGUCCCAAAACAUGUAGAAACUUUCAAGUCUUAUGCACAGGAAAAGCAGAGUAUUCUCAAAGUGGAAUCAGGCUACAUUAUGUAGGUUCAAUUUUUCAUCGAGUAGUACCGAACGGUUGGAUACAAGGAGGAGAUAUAGUAGAAGGAAGAGGAGAUGAUGGAGAGUCGAUUUAUGGACCAACGUUUGAAGAUGAAAACUUUUCAAUUCCUCAUAAUAAGAGGGGAGUUCUUGGAAUGGCCAACAAAGGCCGUCACACCAACGGGUCACAAUUCUACAUCACACUACAGCCAGCACCCUAUCUAGAUAGAAAAUAUGUGGCUUUUGGGCAAUUGAUUGAAGGAACGGAAGUUCUUCAAAAAUUGGAAUUGGUUCCAACAGAGAAUGAAAGACCAAUACAACGAUGCCCAGUAGUGGCCAUGGAAUACCAUCUCGCCAGUGAGACAAGAGUAGAAUGCCAGUGAUCCUGCCCCUUCCCCUCAACCAGCCUUGAAUGCAGACAGGCCAGAGCUGUGAAGGAAAGGCCAAGAGAACUGGAGAUGUCAGCCCCAACUCUUGGGCUGCAGAACCAAUGCCAGCAAGUACCUAUCUCUGGCUUCUUACUGUGAGACAAAUAGACUCCUGCUUGUUGACGUUACUAUUGGCUGAUUAUUUUGCUACUUGUAGCCCAAACCCUUCUUAGCAGCAGGACCUAAUGGCCUUCCAAUCCUACAGCACUUAGAACGGAAUUAUGUUGUCUGUGAACUACAUUUCUGCCCUAAGAAAGUUGGUAAAUAACCAAAGAGAAAAGAGACAAUAGAAAAAUUCACUGUAAUAUUUCAUAGUUUACAUGCAGCAUUCAGAAAAAGGCAUCUAUCUGACACGAAGAGAAUGCUUAUCUCUGAGCCACACCAACCAUAUGAAAACCAAAGGCUUGGGUUAAGCAUCCCAACGCAAAUCAGCCCUGUGGUCAUUGACUCCUGAGAUGCUAUUGGGGAUCCUGCUUCAUCAGCUGCUCCUUAAUCUGAGAUUCUUAAAACCACCACCAGGGGAGCUUUUAAAACACGGACUGCAGGACCCUGUCCUUGAUCUACCAAGUCAGAGUCUCUAAGUGUGGGAAAGGGAUUCUGUUGAUUCAUUUAGCUCAACCUAGAGGAUCCUGUUUGGCCAGGCUGGGCACUAGUCAUUUAGAAAUCACAGCAAGACGUAAGUGACUAGUUUCAGCCCCCUCUUUGUAGUUACUGAAAUGAGUGACUCUGUUGGUGGUGACCUUGCUCAGCUGCCUCCACCACUGCUGCCACUGCAUUCAUACUAUGCCCAAAGCCAUUAAGAUUUUGGGUUUUUCUUGCCCUUUGCGGAAAGUCUGUCUUCCAAGAAUGAUCUCUUAAGCGGACAGGCCUCUAGUUGAUUUGGGAGUUGCCAAAAGGAGGUAUAUGCUUUCUCUGACUUUUCAUUUUGAAAGGAUUAUAAAUUUACAGGAAGUUGCAAAAAUAGUACAGAGCAGUCCUGUGUGCUGAUCAUCCAGGUUCUCCAAUGGACAUAUCUUACACAACAACUAUUGUACAAUAUAUAAACCAGGCAAUCGACAUCAUCAGUACUGUGUGUGUUAUCAUUUUAUCACGUGUAGAUUCAUGUGACUGAUACUGCAGUCAAGUCACGCGAGUUUUCAAAAAGACCUCCCUUGAGCUACCCCUUUAUAGUUACACCUACUCCCCUGCUCUCCACCAUCCAUCUCUAACUCCUGACAACCGAAAUGUGAUUUUUUUGUUGUUGUUGUUAAAUCACAGCUUUAUUGCUAUUUGGUAUAUGCCUUUAUAGUAAGAUUGGAGGUGGAUGGGGAGAAAGCAUACUGCCUAUGUCACAUUGUCAAGUGACCCAGAGGCAGCAGAGUGUUAAGAAUGUGUAUUCUGGAGCCAGACGGCCUUGGUUUGAAUCCUAGCCCUGCCAUUCCCUCGCUGCACGCAUUUAGGCAAGAACUUCCCUGUGCCUCGAUUUCAAAUCUUUAUGUCAAAGCAUAGCACCUACCAAACUGAACUGCUGUGAGGGUCCAGGGAAUCAAUAAUUUAUAUGCAGGAUCUAGAACAGAAUCUUUUUAUGCUAUAUGUGCUCAUUAAAUGUAUGCUUAAUAAAUUACUGGUAUACCUUCA